AUGGAAGAGCAUGGUAUCGUUCAGGAUGUGAAGGCAUUCACGACUGUGGCGUUCUAUUAUGCAUCCCGCGGUGACUUGAAGGCUGUGGAAGACGUUUUACGAGACAUGGCGAGUCAAGGUGUUGCUACCGACAGGAUGUUCUCUGACUACGUCCUCAACGCACUGUACGGGUCGUGCGGUAUCGACAUGUGUUUCUCGCUCUUGCGUGAGCUGAGUGCAAACAAGCUGGCGAUUCCAGACGGGCUGUAG